UAGCUAAUAUAUUGAUACAUUACAAAAUAUUCUCUAAUUUUUAGUAUUUCGAUAGGUUAGCUAAUAAAAAAGAAUCCAAGAAAAAAUUUGGCUAAUAAAUAGUCAUAGCCCAAAUUUUAUUACGUGAAAUAUUAUUCAAAGUAUUCAAAAUAAGAGAAAUGUCUAAAUUAGUAACACAUGUCCCGCCUCACGCUAUUACGCUUCAGAUAAUACCCGUCCCAACACAGAUCAGAUCGAGUAACACCCGUUUAGAUUUCAAAAUGCCAUUUAAGACCAACUAUUUUAAUGACCAUGUGAUUAUAAUGUACAAAUGCAAUCCGUUUACUUACGGCUCGUUUGCUUGUUGGAUUUGAAAAUGAAGGUUUUGAGUUUUAAAAACCUUUGGAUUUAUGAUGGAUUUGUUGCAUCAUGGAUUUGGAAGAGUACAUUGUUUGUUUAGUUGAUUUUUUAUCAUGGAUUUGUGAUGGAUUUGUCUCACAUUUUUUCCUUCUAUUGUCAAAUCCCAAAUGAAAUGUGGGAUUUACAAAUCCGUGGGGUCCACGGAUUUGGAUCUAAAAAAGUGGUCCAAAUCCGUGGACCCCACGGAUUUGUGUCCCUCAACAAACAAAGGAUUUGUGUCAACUCCAUGAUGUUUGGGAUUUGGGUUCCAAAUCCAUCACCCAAAUCCCACAAGCAAACGACCCCUUAGUGUUUGUAGCCUAGAUAUCCAAGUUAAAAUUCAAAUCCAAAUAUAGUAGUCGGCUAGUUGCAGAUUUUCCUUCAAUCCUUUGGAAACAAUCAUAUCGGAUCCUAUUAACUCAUGACAAAGUUAAAGAGAUAAAAAAAAGACCACUCAUAUCGAUCCACUUGAUAAAAGAAAAAUAUAAUGUAAAAUCCACCAUUUCGAUUGUUCCAUUAUUUAGUGCAUGCUAAUAAUUUUUUAAGGUUAAAGCACCUUGUUUGAUUGUUCCAUUUCAUUUCAUUCGCUCCUUUUAUCUCAGUGCUCAUACUUUCUUCUGUCCGCCAUCUAUUAGACUGUUACCCACUCCCACUAGGCUCCCUCUUUUCAUAAAUGUGCUUCAUGCCGCCGUAAUUAACCACAACCAGAAACAACCAUGAAGCUAUACCUCGUCCUCCUCAAUUGCUUGUUACUCACGGUAGGUCAAGUCGGCGGCCCGCUCCUCGCCAGAACCUACUUCCUCCACGGCGGCAAACGGCGAUGGCUCUCCGCCUGGAUCCUCACCUGCGGCUUCCCCAUCAUGCUCCUCCCUCUCGCAGUCUCUUACUACUCCCUCGCCGCGAAAUCCAAAACGACACAAUCCCCCGGCCGUUUCACUCUCACGAGAUGGCUUUUCGCCGCGAGCGCCGUCCUCGGCAUCCUCCUCGGGCUCGACAGCUACCUCUACUCCUUCGGAACCUCGUACCUCCCCGUCUCGGUCUCGUCCCUUUUGGGAUCCACGCAGCUCGCCUUCACGGCGGUGUUCGCCUUCUUGAUCGUGAAGCAGAAGUUCACACCUUACACCGUAAACGCCGUCGUACUGAUGACGUUCGGCUCGGCUGUGCUGGGGUUUCACAUGGACGGCGGUGUGGUCCCGAGAGGGGAGUCGGUUGAGAGAUACGCGCUGGGGUUCUUCAUGACGGUUGCCGCGGCGGCGCUGCAUGGCUUCUUGAUGACGGCGCUUGAGUAUGUUCAUACGAAGGCUGGGGUUCCUCUGACGUUUGACUUGGUCAUGCAGGUUCAGUUCGUUAUCUCGAUGUUCGCCGCCGUUUUCUGCACCGUCCCCAUGAUCAUCAACCGUGACUUCCAGGCUAUGGCUAAAGAGGCGGUAGAGUUCGAUCUCGGAGAAACCAAGUACUACAUGACAAUUCUGCUGGCGGCGGUGGCGCUCCAGCUCAUGAUCAUAGGAUCCAUUGGGUUGGUUUUCAGCUCAUCUUCCCUUUUCUCGGGGCUGGUAACGUCUUUUCUAGUCCCGACCCAACAGGUUUUCGCCGUGAUUUUUCUCCGGGAAGGGUUCGACGCCGCGAAAGGGAUGGCGCUGGCGAUGUGCCUUUGGGGGUUCGCUUCUCAUUUGUAUGGCGAACAUAAGGCGGCGGCAACCUCGGACAGCAAGCAACCAACACCGAGGAAUCACGGUGAUGAAGAAGAUUGUCCUGCUGACGUGUAACCAAAUGUUGUACGUCGCCAUUAUGAUAAAGUUGUUCUCUAAGACAUGAUGCACCUUCUAAUGCUCACGAUAGGUUACGUGGCGGGGGGGAAAAACUAUUGCACACUUCUAUUUUAGUGCUUAAAGUAGAAGAAGAACCAUUGGAUUCCAUCGAGCACCGAGAAACAAGAAGUGAUUUGAUGGGAUUCCAUCGAGUGCGCCCAUUAGUCAGCACCCAUUUAUGUUCAACUAAGAAGAAAAAGGAUGGUGGAAUUGCCAAUUGGAGAUUAUAUAUUUGUUUAUAUGAAAAAAGACAAAUAGUUGUUAUGUUUCCAUGGAUUCUAUGAAGCUAAAAUUUGUCUUUCAAUGUCCUUUGAGUUUCCUAGACAACUUAGUGCUUUCCAUCUCAGGCAUCCCUACCACAUCAUUGAGUUUUAGCAUGAGCUCUCCUUAUCAAGCGUAGUGGAAUUCACUGUCGAUCCCUCAAAUUAUGAGUCAUGUGACUCAUGUCUACCAAAUAAUUCAUGAAUUCAUUCAUCCAAUUGGAUUUAGAAUUAAUGAAUCGAACUAGUUGGAUUUUUUUAAUGAAUGAAUUAAAUUGGAUUCAAAUUGUCACAUCUAAUCACAUGACAUUACCAUUCGUAAUAACUGAUUCAUUAUUCACACUAUGAUGACUUACCACUCGUAACGACCCUAUUAGAUCAUUCAGUUCCACCUCUAGAUUCAAUUAAUUGGGGGAUGCUAAAUGUUUAUAUCAAUGCUCGCUAUUUCGUGCACCAGCCAGUAUAAUGGGGAAGUUGGAGAGAAUCCAGAAGGACUUCAUAUGUUCAAGAGCGAGGCAAGAGAAGAAGAUCCACCUUAUGGCCAAGGAAACAUGCAAGGCGCCAAAAAUUUUUGGUGGUCUGGGAAUCUCAAAUUUAAAGAUCUGGAAUACAGUUUUGUUGGCCAAAUGGCUAUGGAGAUUCUCCCAUGAGAGAGAUGAAUGGUGGAGGGAACUGAUAAAUCUUAAAUAUCCUCAUAAAGCCUCGGAGUGGAUGGCGGGUGAGCUCAAGGGUCCUAUAGGGUGAAGCCCCCUGCCCUUGGUCUCAAAUCCUCAAAGUUUCAAAAGAAUUUUGGAAACUUGCUUGGGUGGAACUGGGUGGAGGAGCGUGGUUCUCUUUCUGGUAUGAUGUAUGGAUCAAGGGACGACCCUCGUUAGCCAAAUCUUUUCCACGGAUGGUCGUUGCUGCUGAGUCGCCUUGCUGUCAAAUCGUCGAAGUCCUGCAUAUUGGGGCGGGAAAUCUAUCUUGGGAUUUAACCCAUAAUUACAGUCUUCGGGGUGGGGCUGAGGGUGAGAGAAUUGAUCUCUUAAAUUUACUUCAUAACAUCCCCUUUAGUUUGUUUUCUGCAGGACCAUCGAGACUAAUUUGGGAGACGUCUUCAAGCACUGGCUUUCGAGUGAAGUCAAUGUAUGAGAAAAUGAUCGAAGAACAGAACAACUUUGGAUCCGAGUUCCCUGCUGAAGCAGUUUGGCUGCAGGUCGUUCCUUUCAAAGUUUGUGUGUUCUAAUGGCUGUUAUACCACAACAAGAUAUUGACGCAGGACAAUCUUAAGAAACGUGGAUGGGUGCUGCCAAAUCGAUGCACCUUAUGUUGCGAGGAAGAGGAAAGCGUAGGCCACCUUUUUUUGACCUGCAGGUUCUCACAAAGAGUGUGGCAGAUCAUGAGAAAUUUUGUGAAGUUACUUGUGAAUCGGACGUCGGGACUAGCUACUGAGAGAAUGGAGUAGGAAAAAGCCAGACUGCCCUCAGGAAUGGUGUUCGGGAAUUUUCCUUCACGCAUUGUGCUGGCGUGUUUGGCUUAAACGGAACAGCAAAGUAUUCAGAGACAUUGAGGAAACAGUCAACGUGGUUUGUAUUAGAAUUGGACGAGGCAUGGUGGACUGGUUAUGUGCCAAUAAGAAGGUAGAAAGAGUCGUUGCAGAGGAUUGGUUGAGGAAGUUGAGAACCCAGCAGUUGCCAAGAGCAGAAGUAACGCAACAAUAAUAAAGAUUUGGAACCUUCCUCCUGCAAGUUGGAUUGCUCUGGAACUAACUUUGGGACCUGCAUUGUGAGGAUCUCAACUGGGAAAUCAGUGUCAACCUGAUACAUUUUUGUGCUUGCUCUUUAUGUUUAUUGGUUUUGGCUUCUUUUGGACCUUCGUUUGGAUGUUUUUGUUUGAUGGGAAGUGGUUUGCUGGCCUCCCUGUAGUUCUGGGUAGCUGUUUAGGUAGGCAGUUAAUUUGUUUAAUUUUAUGUCCUUUUCGUAAAUUAAUAAAAUAUUUAACCAUAAAAAGAAAGAGUGGUUUGCUGUUUGUGAUAACAGUGGUUAGUUUAAUAGAAGGAAUAUUUGAAA